AUGGCCGUACAAGUCGCAGUUGCGGGUGCCACGGGUGCUGUAGGCAUCCCGGUGGUCGUCGAGCUCCUGAAAGCAGGGCAUUUUGUUACCGCUCUCACUCGAAGUGGGCGUAGCUGCUCUGCCAAGCUUCCCAAGCAUCAUCCGCAUCUGAGCACUGCCGAGGUCGACUAUGACUCCGUGGCUUCGCUCACGGCCGCUCUGCAGGGUCAUGCAGUUGUUAUUGCGGCCCUACCCGGUGCAACACCAAUCGGUAGCCAGGACACGCUCAUCGACGCCGCCGUUGCCGCAGGUGUGAUACGCUUCUUGCCGGCAGAGUUUGGCACGGACACCAACAAUGACAACUGCAUGAAGCUGCCGACCAGGUCGCAAAUCACUCCAGUUUCAGCUACACGGCUCUAUGCACUGGUUCGGACUGGGUCGGCGGCUGGCUUCUUGGUUCACCCUAAAGCGCAUACUGCUACGAUCUACGAUGACGGCAACCUUCCCUUUAGUACAACUAUUCUAUCCACAAUCAGCGAAGCGGUCGCAUCAAUCAUUGAUCAUCUCGAGGAGACAAAGAAUAGACAUGUCUACAUCCAUGAUGCAGUCAUCGCACAGAACAAGCUCAUCGGAUUCAUGAAGAGAAUUAUUGGCAAAGACUGGCAGUUAACGUACAUCGACUCAUCCGUUGUCUCUGCGGAGGGCCAACUUGAGUUUCAGAAGCCACACGCAGACAUCAACACAGGGCUUAUGCCCCUUUUGCAUAUCUCUGUGCUCGGGAAGGGCUAUGGAGGGGAUUUUUCGGGCCAUCUGGACAACGAGCUUCUUGGCAUAAAGGAGAUGAGUGACGAGGAGCUAGAGGAUGUUAUUGCCAGAUUCUUGUAA